GGGACCCUCAUAAAAAACUCCGGACUCUACAAGCGAAAGUAAUGCAGCAUGGCUAGAAGAAAAAUUGUUGCGUGAACUGAUACAAAAUGACAGUGAUAGCAAAUGAAAUGCUACAAUUUAAUAUAUUCAGAGUAAACACGGCGGCGCGACCAGGGAAAGGAAAUGCGUCGCCUUUCAGUUGCGCAUCACGGGGAUUUUUUUAGUCCUUUAUCUGUGGUACAAGUGACCUUGUAUCGAAAGUAAAGGCGAAAACUGAGGCAACCAUCGCUGAGUCAGCUGAGUACUCCUUUCGUCCACCUGUGCCGUUUAAAAUUACAUAACAAACUGAACGAUACUCGUACAGCUGCAGGUCGAUAUCCCAUUAAUAGUAUAACUACGCCAUCCCUCAUCACAGCGUCUUCCACAGUCAACCGCUGCUUGGUUUACCGACCUUACACUGUCAACAUGAGGAAAGAGUUUGGCAGUGUGUAUGAGGGACGCCGUGGCCAGGUGCUUUAACCAUUGACCUAGAUAUGCCAUUGUUUUGAUUCAGGUGUGACGGAGCUCUUGAGGAAAAGGUGACCGGGGUCGAAAGCAAAAUGGUGGCCAGCCGUCACCGUGGACUAUGCACGGGUGCCAUACGACUGCGCACCGAGUGCGAGGUCCAUUACUCCAGUAAGAACAUGCUGCUUCUUACUGCCAUAUUCGCUCUCCUGGUCCUGAUAUGUAACAUCGUGUAUUUGAACAGAAAAUUAUCAGGAGAAGCGGUCAUAGUGGACGAGGAAUUCACAAACAGCAGAUUUUUAGGUUAUGAAGACGAGAAAAUUAUGCAGAAUCUCGAUAAAGCACUGGAGAGACUUAGUAAAACCAGGAACCAGUCUGAGCAUGCGCAAAAUAUUGUCUCUAUGAACAACUCUGUUACCAUAGCAAUAGGAUGUGCAAUAUCAACACACAAUUUGAAUAUUGAUCUCAGCGGUAGGGUGAAUGUAACUGACCUCUUGGAAAAUAUGUCCUUUUUCAUUCAUCUCAUGAGGGGGUUUUGCCUAACAGCCAGUGAUAACUACAGAUACUAUUUUUACAUUGCAUACGAUUAUAAUGACCCGUUAUUCAGCCGUAACGACUCUCUCAUUUUAUUUGGGGAGGCGUUCCAAAUAACAACUCGCAACUUGGCGUGCCAGGGGAAAAGUUUACAUUUGAAACCCGUCUUGUGUAUGCAUUCUAAGUCUCCUGGUUGGGCGCAGAAUGACGCCAUGAUGGCAGCGUACCUUGACAACAUGGAUUACUAUUACCGCAUCAACGACGACACUCUCAUGAUCAAUGAUAGGUGGACGGAAAAAUACAUCCAAAAACUUUCAGAAUUCGACCCACCAAAUGUCGGGGUGGUCGGUCCCUCCCUUUUUUGCAAAUAUUCAUCUUGUGAUAAAUCCAUCUUAACGUACGAUUUUGUACACAGGACUCAUGUUGAAAUGUUUGGAUUUUAUUAUCCGCGACAGUUCCCGGAGUGGUAUGCCGAUAGAUGGAUUACUUUAGUUUACGACGGCGUCGGCCGGAUGAAAGUGUUAAAGGACUUGUACUUGGCGCACACGCAGAGAGAUGGCAUUCGUUACAGUGUCAACGAAAAUAGAAGAGCGCACCUUCCCCACUUGUUAGCCGAAGGGCAAGAAGUUAUUCUCACUUGGAUAAAUGCACAGCCAGAUAAAAUUCCAGUGAUUGACAAACCAAGAAAAGUCAUCGCUUACUCUCUUUUUGGGGAAAAAAUCAGGUAUUGGCAUGGCGCCUUGAGAAACGCUCAACUUCUCCGCAUCUUCUUUCCUACUUGGAUGAUGCGAAUAUACCUAGAGCCACAGUUUAACAGAGACAACAAAUUAGUACAAAAAUAUUUAGAUAUCAUAAAAAAGCAGACGAACGUUCAAGUAAUAGAGGUUUCUGGUCAUGUUGCUUCCAGUGUUGCACCCGCACUGUGGCGCUUUCUUGUAGCAGACGAUACUGACCUUGAAGCGUUUAUCGUCCGAGACCUUGAUUCUCGUCUGAGCAAACGCGACAAAAUACUUGUAGAAGAGUGGCUAACGUCAGGACUUCCUUUUCAUAUAAUUCGGGAUCACCCCAACCACAGCCCAAUCGUGCGGGGAUGCCUUAUUGGAGCCAAACCAAAAUUACUUCGUGGACUUCUUGGACAAAAUUGGCUAGAACUCGGUAAACAAUAUAGCCAACCCCGUGGAUUUAAAUCUAGUGGGAAUUUCAUUGAAAAAGUCGUCUUACCAAAGGUACAAAACGUGGCUUUGUGCCACGACAUCAUCACGUGUCCGAUGCUAAAAUCUACAUACACGUGUCACUUGAAAAAUAUAACCAUUCCAAGGGGGUCAAAUUUUGAUCACGUGGGACAAAAGUUUAAUGAAUUUGAAGAGCCAAGGCAAAUAGAUAUAGACAUCUUGCGACACCAAAAUUCUGCAGUAACCUGUACUCGGGGUCUGGUCUGAUAUUUAGUUUAUUGAGUUUAUGUGCCUAUUUAACGUGUUAUCUUAAUUCUGAAAUAAAUGUU